CACUGACGCACCAUCCAGCGCACCCGUGCCGCGUUGCUCGCCCCUUUUAUGUUCUCUGCAGCCGCGCCAUUCUCCAUCUCACAGCCAUGGACUAUUUCGACUUCAACAUGAACUUCCCCGCUGAAGCUGAGGGCCCUGACGCGACACAGUUUGGCUUCACCGGAGGAGAACCGACACAGAGGACACCGGUCGGCACGCCGAUGGAACGUCCCAAUGCAGACCGCGCAGUCACUGUCGAUGUCUCCACCACCUUCCAGCCCAACGUCCUCGUCGAUAAUCUCUCGCCCGACCUCGUCCUCAUCUCCUCCGACCAGGUCUACUUCUAUGCCCACAGCCACCGCAUCCUUUCCGCCUCUUGCAACACCUUCAACGGCCUCCUCACGCCCACGCCCCCGCCCGACGAUGGUUCCACCCAGACCGUGUCCGUCCCCGAGCCCGCCGAAGUUCUCAAUGUCGUCGUCCACGCCCUUUACAGCCUCCCCGUCGCCCAGUUCAUGCCGCCCCUCGAUACUGUCACCGCCGCGUUCGACUCGCUUAUCACGUACGGCGUGCCCCUGCAGACACUCGUGCUCCCCGGCAGCCCGCUCUACGUCCUCGUCCUCUCCCAGGCGCCGCUCCGCCCAAUCGACGCCUACGCGCUCGCAGCGCAUCACGACCUCCUCGCGCUCGCGAUCCCCAUCUCCGCGCACCUCCUCUCGUACACGCUCUCUUCGCUCACGGAUGAGCUAGCUGCGCGCAUCGGCCCGAUCUACCUCAAGCGGCUGUUCUUCCUCCAUCACGGUAGGAUGGAGGCCCUCAAACGCCUCCUCCUGCACCCACCACAGGCGCACGAACCGACCAGAGAGUGCAACGCUACGCAGCAGCAGCGGCUCACCCGCGCGUGGGCUCUCGCCUCUGCGCAUCUCGCCUGGGAUGCACGCCCGAAUAUAUCGACGAACAUGCUCCAGGCGCCGCUGCUGCACCUCGAGCGCGAGCUGUCGUGCCCACUGUGCAAAGGGGCCCUACGUGAUAGAGUGUCGGUGCUCGUUCGGGAAUGGGCGUCCGUGAAGGUCACUAUUUGACAAGGAAAGGAAGACAGACAAACAACGGAUCUCCGACCAUGCAUCGAUUUUGUCUGCUUGAUCUACCAUCAUGCUCUCCUCAUUUGUUUUGCUUUGCACCAUCUGCAGCGCCUAGACGGCCUCCCUAUACACUGACCACGACAACGUUAUCAACACGACAUGCUCUAGCAUCCUACCCCCAUUUCUGUAAAACAGCCAAUAGGAUUGGACUACCGAGUGGUUCCCCUAUGUAACAACAUUUGCCUCCGGAGAAUCGAGUGCUACUGAAUUAUACGAUCGCGCUCCACUUGCGUG